AUGGCCCAGGGGUCCCGGGGUGAGGAAAUCGAUCAUGCGAAAGAGAAAAUCGCAGCCAUUGAAAGAUCUUUGGAGCAGGUUCCACUGGAAGCCAUUGCAGGCGACUUUGGUUUUGGCGGUUUAGCUAAAUUAUUUGACGGUGAACCAACAGAGGCCAACACCCAAGAGCGCCAAAAGGCCGAGGCAGAGCUCGAGAAGAUCUGGAAUGCCGUGGACCAGUCUCUGAAGAAGACUGACAUUUUGACUUCGCUGCGGGAAAUUCUUGAUCGAGAAAAAGACAGGACACCCAAUUGGCCAACUCUAUCUCCACGCACAUCGCCAACAGCAGGUCCAUCGUCUCAGAUAGCACCAACUGGAACAGGGAAAUCACGACCAGGCAAGCGUCCUUCUGAUGAAGCUCAUCUAGAUGAUGUCUCAGAUGAUGAAUUGGAACCCCCUGGGAAAGGUAAAGGGAAAGAGAAAGAAAAAGAAAGACGCAAGGGCAAGGCAACAGACGAGCCCAGAAAGAAGGUUAAAACGCGACCGGAACAUCCACCAAAGGCGUAUCAGGCACCACAGAAGCCGGAGGAACCAGAAGAAAAACCAACUCGACAAUUCUCAAUGCCUAAAAGGGAUAUAAGCACGUUGAAAUACUUGUUUUUCGAACGUGGUGUACGGGUCGCUCGUGGUGGAGUGGAUUGGACUGAUUUUAAGCAUGCGAUGGGUAGUCUCGGCUUCAGACUCACGUCUUUGACUGGGUCAGCGCAUGCCUUAAAGCCACCAAAGGAGUGGAGGAUGAAGACUAUAAUUGUCCACUCUCCCCACCCAAGUACCAGUCUCAGUUUCAGAGAGGCUCGUGACGUUGGCAAGCGUUUAACCAAUAAUUAUGGGUUAACGGCAAAAAGCUUCAUCGCAAGGGGCUUAUAA